UUACAAUGUUUAAACAACCAAGAAUCAUGUGGGGAAUAUUUUCUACGAAUUUUUCUCUUAACUUGUAAAUCAGACGACAACUUCAGCUGUGUCACAUACAGAGAUAUAACAUGCUGCUGUUCUGGUCCAGGUGGAGGUUUCAGUCAGGUUUUCAUUCCUCCUGCUCCUCCCUGAAGAGUUGUAUUUUCUGAAUGACUCUCACACACUCUACAUGUCUAUGCAGCACUGCAAAGAUGCAAAUCUGUUUUUUCCUUUUCAUGUCAUCUCAUUUUUUUCAUUUUUCCCCUGCAGCUCCCUCGGGCCAUUCCAUGGGAAAAGAAACUUUUCCUGCGGCCCUGGGAGGAAUCCAGCUAUUUUAGGAAAACACGUCAUGGCUUUGAGCUGCAGCCCAGAAACUCUCCCUUAUUUCCAUCAUCCAGCUUUUCUUUUUUUCUCCCUCUCUCUUUUUACUUGUUGCACAGCGCAGCAGUGUUUACCUCCCAUUCACACACACACUGCUUUCAAACUCUUUUUUUAAAAAGAAAAAGCAGGAAGGAAAAAUAAAUCUCUUUAUUCCUUCUUGUUUCUAAUGCACGGUGUAACAUGCCUGCAGCAGACACAGCAGAGACAUGACAGAUCUUGCAAGUCGUGCACAACUUGUGGAGCAGCUCAGCAGCGUUCAGGGCUGUUGUGGAAACGUCAGCAAGGUUUGGUCUUGAAACGGCUGCGGCGUGACAUUGCAGGUCUCUUUUUUGUCUCUUCCCCCUUAUGUGAGUGUCAUGGACUGGAUGAAAGGGUGGGUGGCUGAAGGAAGACGGAGCCCUGAGCCACAGGUAUUCAUCUAGGAUCAAAUCGUGGAUUAAAAAACAAACAAACGACGGUUUUUGCAUGAAAACUGCAUGUUAAGCGGGAUAUUUCUGGCUCUCUCCACGUUGCCAAACGCGCAUUCACGCCAUUAAACUGUCUCCAUUCGUGACUGCAUGCUCAUAUUUGCAAAUAUCAGCUCAUAUUUCACCAUAAACAACAACUCAUGUGAUAACCUUGAGCCUGUGCCACACUAGACACAACAGGUUCAUUACGCACACACUUUGUGUGCAGGCAAAGUCUCCAAAAUGCUGCUAUUUCCUCACAAAACGGAGGAUUUAUUGUGCAUGCUUGUUGCUAAAUAUCUGGAUCAGAUCCAUAUUGAGCAUAUGUGCGUGCAUGUGUGUUUUUGUUUCCCCCUCAGUGAGAGAGCGUGCACAUACACACGUCAGCUCGGGGAGGGCAAAGCCUGCUUAAAAUGCAGUGAAUGUGACAGCCGAGCCGAUAGUCCAGACUACAGCAGCGCGUGGACGGGAAAGGUGAGCGCGAGAAGGGGAGGGGGGCACAAAAAUGCCAGCGGAACCAGCUCACCCGCAGACGUGACGCCGACACACCGACAACAAAAAGAGAGAGGGACCCGCGGAGAGGCUCAGCUGGUUUCCAAAAUACGCGCAGAGGUGUCGGAGGGGGAAGAGAGAGGACUGAGGUGCGGGAAGCGUCGCCCUUGUCUGGGGGGGAAAGAUGACAGUGGUGCCCGGAGAGAACCUGGAUGAGACUGUGGCACUGGCCGCGCUGUCAGCCCAGGAUGUGUACGACCCGGAGAGAGCCGAGAACCAGGAAUGCUGCGAGCGGGUGGUCAUCAACAUCUCCGGGCUGCGCUUCGAGACGCAGCUGAAGACGCUCGCCCAGUUCCCCUCCACUCUGCUGGGGGACCCGCGCAAGAGGAUGCGCUUCUUCGACCCGUUGAGGAACGAGUAUUUCUUCGACAGGAACCGACCCAGCUUCGAUGCUAUCCUCUACUACUACCAGUCCGGGGGAAGGCUCCGGAGACCCGUCAACGUGCCGGUGGACAUAUUCAUGGAGGAGAUUAAAUUUUACGAACUGGGGGAGGAGGUGAUUGAGAAUUUUAAGGAGGAUGAGGGGUUUAUUAAGGAGGAAGAGCGCCCGCUGCCCGAGAACGAGUUCCAGCGGCAGGUCUGGCUCCUAUUUGAGUACCCGGAAAGCUCCGGACCCGCCAGGGGGAUCGCGAUAGUUUCCGUGCUAGUUAUUCUCAUCUCCAUUGUGAUUUUCUGCUUGGAGACUUUACCCGAGUUCAGAGAGGAAGCCAGAACGUUUGACGAGCAGCUGGUGGUGAACGGAACCGCGCGCGCAAAGAAGCCAAACCCGUUCACAGACCCGUUCUUCAUCGUGGAGACACUCUGCAUCAUCUGGUUCUCCUUCGAGCUGCUCGUCAGGUUCCUCGCGUGCCCGAGCAAACCCGCGUUCUUCAAGAACAUCAUGAACACCAUCGACAUCGUGGCCAUCAUGCCCUACUUCAUCACACUGGGGCUGGAGUUAGCGGAGCACCAGGGGAACGGACAGCAGGCCAUGUCGCUGGCCAUCCUCAGGGUCAUCCGCCUGGUCCGGGUCUUCAGGAUCUUCAAGCUCUCCAGACACUCCAAGGGGCUUCAGAUCCUCGGGAAGACCCUGCAGGCCAGCAUGAGGGAGCUGGGACUGCUAAUUUUCUUCCUCUUCAUCGGGGUCAUCCUCUUCUCCAGCGCGGUGUACUUCGCGGAGACCGACGACCCGGACUCGGGUUUCAGCAGCAUCCCGGAUGCGUUCUGGUGGGCGGUGGUGUCCAUGACCACGGUGGGUUACGGGGACAUGUGUCCGGUCACCAUCGGGGGGAAAAUCGUCGGCUCGCUGUGCGCCAUCGCCGGAGUGUUAACCAUCGCACUCCCUGUGCCGGUCAUCGUCUCCAACUUCAACUACUUCUACCACCGGGAGACGGAGCACGAGGAGCAGUUCCAGUACACGCACGUGACCUGCGGCCAGCAGCAGCCGGCGUUCGGAGAGUUCAAGAAGAGCGACAGCAAACCGUCCCUGUCCAAGUCUGAUUACCUGGACAGCGACGACGCGGACUCCAUCAAAUACACCAACUGCAGCCCACACAAAGCCUACACCGGGAAGCUCACCGAUGUAUGAUUUACACCCGAAAUUACGCGUCAGUGGCGCGCUGAGGGAAGCUUUCAGUGUCAUUCCCAACACCCUGCGCUCUGGUUUGAGUUUAGACUGGCGAGCUUCUUAUUUCUGCCAUCACAGAGAAUCAUUUAAACCCACCACAGUGGAUGGAUUAUAACAGAAUUCACAUUUAUGCCCCUGAAACUGUCUUCCAUUACGCGCGUCUCCAGUCGGAUAAGAAAGCUUAGAAAUGAUCAGCCUAUAGCCAGUUGUAGCACUUUAUUGUUUUUAAAUGUUUCUCUUACUAAAUGCGUAAUUUAUUGCCCUUACGAUGCAGGUUUAAAGUUUACAUUUGUUUUUCUGAGACACAACAAAGGACCAAUUCAAUCUAAAUUUACAGAUUGAUGCAGGAGGCACAUGGCGCCUGUUGUUAUUAUGGUCCCACACACCUGUUAUUUCACUCAUGUAUUUUCUAUUCAGGCUGGUUGGAGCUCAGUGGUGGAUCAGAUAAUGCACAACAGCCUGGAAGAAUCGAUUAACCAAGAAAUUAAACGACACAGAUACCAGAUUUGAGUUUAAUCCCUGUUUUAUAAAACAGGCUUCUGUUACGAGCAGCCUGCGAGAUAUAAAUCAGGGCAAACACACUCUUUGUUGACACGCACGUUUAAAUUCUCAGGCUUCAGGAGGUUAAAUCCUCCACAGUUGCCUGUUUGUAAAAGCAUUAUGAAAUCAAGGUGCAGCUUCUCCCAAACCAAGAGCGCCCCCGUGUGGAUGAUUAGAGAUGAUGCAUCUUCUUUGGCGGAUGCAGUUUCUAUAGCAACCUUCCAGACUUUUCUGUAUUGUCUGCCACAGGAAUGAAAAAGGACGCAGGCUGAAACUGUAGAGACGAGGCCAGAAAACCACCAUGUUGUGGAAGCCUCCAUGUUGUUUGAUUCCACCGGCUGAAACUGAAGCACCACUUCCGUCCUUAACAGUAAAAUAUAAACAUAUUUACAGGCAGGUAUUUGACCCGUUAACCAUGCACCUUAGUCACACAGACAAUAUGAUCCAAAGGGUCCAAACUGGGCUGCAGCCAACACUUAAAUCUAAUUAUAUUACAAUUUAGGCUUUAAAUGUUUAAAUGCUCCAUCACAUGCUCCUAGAGCAUAAACAGAGGUUUUCAAAAUGUGUAUUUGAAGCUAAAACCAGGAUUCAAAUUUAAGAAAAGAAAGAAAAUUCUAAAUAGUUUUUUUUUUUUUAAAAAAAGGUAAUAUUUUGGAUGUUUCAGUGCUCAACUGAUACUGAUUUUUGACGCUGAUGUAUACUGUGCAGAUACUGAUAAGAAAAAAAUUAAGCAGAUAAUAGAUCAACAAAUGUAUAUUUUAUUACAAUUAUUUGCUGAGACAACAUGUCCUGAAGCAUCUUAUCAAAAAUGACAGCAAGGAUAAAUUUUGCAGCAGAUCUCACUGGAAUUUCACAAAAAUUAUAUAAAAACAUAAAAUCCCAAAGAGCAUCUUAAAAAGUAAAAAUACUUAAAUUUUUCAGCCCAUUAAACAUUCUGGGGUUUAGGUCUAGGUUCUGCAUAUCAGCCAUGUAGGGAAGCUGAAAAAGGCCAAAAUCAUACUCUUAAUAUUUUAAAAGUGCACCGAAAUUGUGACUGAAUUUGGAUUAAAUUUCACAUCGUGAAUGUUGAAAUAUUAAAAGAUCCUAAAAGCUGCAUCCACUGAAAAUUCCAGCUGGUAUUUUCAAGUUGUACAUUUUGAAAAUUCAGUUUUUUUAAGUGGUUCAUAAAUUCAAACAGACACUUUCGAGUGGUGAAAUACCCUCAGAUGGAUGGCUUUCAAAAUAAUUAUUUCAAUGUCAUGAAUUUGUUUUAUUUAAAGUUCAUCAUUAAGUAUUUACUUAUUUGUUAAAUUAAAAUUAUUUUGGCCUUAUUUUGCUUCCAUAGAUAAUGUAUACCGAUAACUGUGAUUAGCAGAUAUCAGCUGAAACAUCGGCCUGCUCAUGUAUCAGUCGGAUUCUAAUAUUUUUAUUUAGACACUGAUAAAAAAAAAGCUUAGAUGAGUAAUUUUCUCUCUCAGAUCGAUCAAUAUUUUAGCUCCCGAGAUUAAAAAUCCUCAGAUCCUCAGAUUAAAAACUAAAUAAUUUAUUGCUCAGUAAAAACAGGUCACCUGUUGUAUUUGAGGUUUCUAGCACCUUAAUCAUGUGGACUCAUCUGGACUCCAGGGACAAAUCACUCAACCUGAACCUGCUGAAAAUAAAAAAGGGGGAAUUUUUAACGAACUGAUGGAAUAAAAACAUCGUCCCAGCAGACGUUUUCACUGUGAAGGUCACAUGAUCAUGAUCCUGUUGGUUGGAUUAUUAUCUGAUGGAGGCCUGAUGGAGUUUAACUGCUGAGUCAUCAGACGGACAGCUGGACUGACGAAUCAGAUUCACGACACUGGAGGGCUGGUCCAAACACAGGGGAAGAACGAUGAGCUGCUCCUCCAACCUGCUUUCCCUCCACUUCAUGGGCGCCUGGUCAAACCAAAAGAGUACGACAUCCCCUGCUACUAUAUCCUUCUUCUGCUUCUUCAUAUUCCUUUCUCUGAUGAAGGUGAAAUAAAAAAACAAACUCUGGUUGAAAACACUGACACUCAUAGGAAACACGGAGCUAUGAGACGCCUUUCCAUUACAAGAGGACAUCCUGACUGAUUUUUGCACAGAGCAAAGCUACAGUGGGACUCUGAGGUACGACAAACGUUACUUGAAUCAUCAUGAUGCUACGUAUAUUUGCAACAUGUCUGCUGGCUAAUGGAGUCCUCCAUAUAUUCAUGAAUAGAUGUUUUUUGGGAGACUGCUCCUCUUGCUGUAGAGAAACUUAUAAGUCCUGUCUAUAUGUUGCAUAUCAUAUUCAAACCAAAACAUAUUAUUGCAUGCUUGGAAAGUAGAGCAUGUAAACAGAGGAAAAUGAGUUUGACUUUUGUGUCGAUGGCUCAACCCAGCACUGCUUAUCUGAAAUAUGGGAACAACAACAACCACAACUCAUCGAUAUCAAGUUUAUUCAAAUAAUUCUGUUUGACUGGUGGAGUUAGUUGCUAAAUCUCUAUUUUUUAAAUUAUCAUACUGUAUAUGUUUUAUAUGGAGAGGAAUUGGUUAACCUCGUGAAUUAUUUUGUAGAUUUUUAACAUUUUUGCUAUUUGUGUUUAUUUAAAUUUUUUCUUUAUUUUUGCCUCAGUAAAAACAAAGCAGCUCCAGUGGGCAGCUCUGAUGGAAACGUGUGCCUGCCCAUAAAACGCUUUAAAUAAUAAAAAGAAAAAAAAAAGGUCUGCCCUGAUAAGAGGAAUGUCUGUGCUGGAAAUUAGGUAAAAUAGACAGUUGAAAUGCAUUUAUCGCAGACACCUGACAUCUGAUUAUUUUUUAAUAAUUCUGAAUGUUUCUGAUUGUGUUUGGGUUUUUGAUCAGAAUGCUGUAAUAUCUGUUAUAUCAAUAACAUCUACCUCAGUGUCCGCUCAUUAACGACAGAAGCUUUAACGCCUGAAUGACAUUGGUGUCCCUCUAUUAUCCGAACACAGUCAUCAGACCUAGGUUGAGUUUUUAAAUGCCUCUCUGUAAUUAUCUGGUGCAAUGAGAUAAACCCAAACACUCUUUGAACUGCCAUUUAAUAACUUAAAGAAAUCCAGAAAAUUAUAAAAAUGCUACAAAAAAAUGUAUCAGCAUUAUAUAAACUAGGGUUAUAUACAUAUAUAGAAGACAAUAUUGGCCUUUUGAUUAAAUAUCACGUCAUCCAGCCUGGCUAAAACAAAACAAUGUAGAGCCUGAUAUUUUCUUUGCACAUUUUAUUAAUUUGUGAAAUUUUUCAUAAUGAGUGAGUGAAUGUGAGUGUUUUUGAAUUAGUUGUUGAUUUAAGGGCAAUAAUGUACUGCAGAGGGCUUCCUGCCAUUGAAUAAAGUUGGUGGAGUGGGUCAGCUAAACCUAAACAAUUACUUUGUUUGAGGUUUUAAUUGAAUUUAAUGUUGACUGAUGAUCUAAAAUGCUGUUGUAGAGGUUUUUCAAUUAACUAAGAUGAAAGCAGUUCUUGGGGUGAUGAUUAAUCAUUUGGGGAAUUUAUUUUGUUAACUGUGUUCAGAUUUCACCUCUAUGCAUCCAGUGCAAGGCUAAGUCCAGGAUGUUUUUAGCCUAGCUUAGCACAAAGACUGGUGGGAGAGGGAAAGUGCUAGCCUCGCUACAUCAAACAAGAAAAACAUCAACUCUAAAGAUUUUAAGGGUUACAAAAAUGAAAUGUAGAAACAUGACAUUGUGUUUUUUGGUGCAGUUAGCGGUGAAGCUAAGUUUGUCACACUCAUGCUAGCCUGUGUAGCCACAAAACAGCUACAUGGUUAAUGUUAUGUUAGGUGUAUAUGGCUGUUAAAUGUUAAGGCACAAACAACCAAAAUAUCCAGCAUUUUGCUAGUUGUUUUUUGCUAGAUAAAAUGUUGGAUUUACAAACAGUUAGCAUACAGUUAGCAUGUAAUCAUGAUCAAAUUAGCUGUUUACACCAGACUUGCAUGUUUGUUAGCAAAUGUUUUAAUGGGACCUAAGAUGAUACUUCUUAAGGUUUUCAUACUGUUCUAAUAAAUUUGGCUAAUAUCAAGAUGUGUUUAGACUAGCUUAGCACAAAUAUGAACACAGGCGGCAACUGCUAGCCUAGCUCCUUAAAAAGGGGAAAUCCCCUAACUUAAAAUGUAAAAAUUAUGUAUUAUUUAGCAGUAGUAAAUGAUUUAGCAGCAGUUAGCAUCAGAGCUGUUAAGAUACAGCAUAUAGGAAUGAAAACUCAGCUGUGGGUGAGCUGUACUAACACUUUCCACCAGCUUCCAGUCUUCAUGCUCAGCUAAAUCAAACAAAUUCUGGACCUAUUUCUGUACUGGACAGAAAUGAAACAGAUCCAUCUUUUCAUCUUACUUUGAGUAAGAAGACAAACUAAUAAAAUAAAACAAUCCCAAAAUGUUUAAAUUUUUAUCAUCAUCAUCUUCAUAAGACAUUGGUACUAGACUGUAAAAACCUGUAUCCAUCAAACCCCCAGCAUCAACUCUGCUGUUUGGUCUUCUUGUAAUUCUGCUUUGCUUAGACAUAAAAACAGCCAAGGGAGACAGAGGUACUGAUGAGCUGUCACUGGGCAUUAGUUAUGAAGCUUAAUGUAUUCUGCAUACUGUAUGUGCAAUAAUAAUAAUACAGCAUUUCCCCUGUGAGUGAAGCAAAGUCCCGAAGGACUUGUCUUGACUUCCACGUAUUUAAUAUCACUUGAUAUUCAUCACAUGUAACAUCCAUUGUUGCGUCUCGGAGGACAUUUUCAUGCUUCAUUAUCAGCUGCAGAGUUCAGUUCAGACUUGUCACCAAAUUGUCUCAUUUUCAUGCAAAAAUAAGAAAAAGCAAUAGUGUGAUUGAUUCCUGUGCUCUGGGAACUUCAGAGUGGAAGAUAAAUGCAUUAUGAUUUCUUCUUUCUGUUUUUUAUUUCCAGUUAUUGUUUAUUGCCAUGUUUAUUUUGACAAUCUUCAAUUGUGAUCUAUUUUUGAUAAAAUAAAUCUUUAAUCCUGA